AUGAGGGUCAGUGAGGGUCACCCAAUCCCAGCACGAAACUCUUCGAAACUCGCUUCCCCCUCGACUCCUCCAGGUGUUGUAACAUUGCAGAAAUCAAACGGGACGAAAACUCAUGGAGAUAUGCAACUCCACCCAUGCAAAAUCAGAAACUGUGACGAACAUCGAUUCCUCGUCAUUCCCUGCAAGAACGUUUUGAACUCCAAAGGCCUCUGA